CCUCAUUCCCUCAUUUCCUGGCUCGUGAUUUCUCCCUGAGGCACCAGCACCGAGCACCCCAAAUCCCGGAGGGUCCCAGCGCUGGGAACGCUCCGGAGCCAUCCCGGAUCCCCCUCCCCGAGCCCCGCCUGGCGCUGGAAGUCGGAGCCCUUCCGGAGCAGCUUUUGGAGACCGGAUUUGUCACCGAGGGGUCAAUCCCGGCUCCGAGUCCUCGGCUCCCGGCGUUCCCUCUCCGAAUCCUGGGAUGGAGCUGCUGGCUCCCGUCGCCCUGCUGGCCCUACUGGGGCUGGCACUGGGACACCCCGACCCCGCACUGGACCAGCACUGGGAGCUCUGGAAAAAAACCUACGGAAAGGAAUACAAGCCCCAGGAGGAUUCCCUCCGUCGCCUGACGUGGGAGAAGAACCUGUGGCUGGUGACGCUCCAUAACCUGGAGCAUUCCCUGGGGCUGCGCUCCUACACGCUGCGAAUGAACCACCUGGGAGACAUGACCAGCGAGGAGGUGGCGGCUUCGCUGACGGGGCUCCAGGUCCGUCCUCGUCCCCGUCGGAAUUCCGCAUUCCAAUCCCAAUCCCGGCCCGUCGGCGACAUCCCGGAGGCGCUGGACUGGCGGGACAAGGGAUGCGUGACCGAGGUGAAGAACCAGGGUGCCUGCGGAUCCUGCUGGGCUUUCAGCGCCGUGGGAGCUCUGGAAGCGCAGGUGAAGCUGAAAACCGGGAAUUUGGUGUCUCUGAGCGCCCAGAACUUGGUGGAUUGCUCCAGGAUGUACGGGAACAAGGGCUGCGCCGGGGGCUUCAUGACGGAGGCGUUCCAGUACAUCAUCGACAAUGGCGGCAUCGAGUCCGAGGAAUCUUAUCCCUACACGGCUCAGAACGGGACGUGCCGCUACAACGCCUCGGCCCGCGCUGCCUCCUGCUCCCGCUUCGUGGAGCUGCCCCAGGGUGACGAGGCCGCGCUCAGGGACGCCGUGGCCACCGUGGGCCCCGUGGCCGUGGCCAUCGACGCCACGCGGCCCAGCUUCUUCCUCUACCACUCCGGGGUGUACGACGACCCCCAGUGCUCGCAGGAGGUGAACCACGGGGUGGUGGUGGUGGGAUACGGCUCCCUGGACAACAAGGAAUAUUGGCUGGUGAAGAACAGCUGGGGCAUCCAUUUCGGAGACGCGGGAUACAUCCGGAUGAUCCGGAACGCCUCCAACCACUGCGGCAUCGCCAGCUACGCCUCCUACCCGCUGAUUUAGCCGGAUCCGCGCUCCGGACACGAUCCCAAGGCUCCAGUUGUCCGUGGAUUCCAUCCUGGCAGGGAUUCUUCCACUUCCAGGGUCGCUUCCCAGCGCCGCGGUCGGAUCCACGGGCUGGGAGGGAAUCCUGGGGGGUGUGGGAGGUGGGAAUGUCGGUGGUGGUUAUCCGGGGAAUUCUGCAGGGGGGAAUUUGGAGGUUUGGGAGUGAAGUUGUGCUUCCUGCAGGGGUUGGGCACAGGGAUCACAGGGGUCGUGGGUUCGUCCCUCCGGAGCUGCUGCGGUGCCGGCCAUCGCCUUCUCUCCGUGUGACGCUGCUGGAAUUGCAAAUAUUCCGUGGAAAAUAAAAAGAUUGCGUUCGCUGCCUCAAAA